AUGAUAUCCCUCAAGAUCAAGCUCCUCGCUCUGUCGGUUCUCGCUUCCCUCCUCCAUGAAGUUCUGCGGCUUCUGUACUACCGUGAGGGCGAGAAUGGCGUCAACGAGACUUGUGCCAGCGGUCCGGCCAAGUGUCCGCCGCCCAUUUCACUGUGCGGUUUCGGACCGGACGGGUGCGUCACCGUCCAGAACGAUAACGACAACUGCGGCGGCUGCUACGCCAAGUGCAGUACCAUCAUUGACGAGAACUGCGUCAACGGAAAGUGUUCAAAGUAG